AUGAUUCCCGCUACUUGCACUGUGGACGGAGUUACACUCACGUUUUCCAUUUCUCUCGAACACACAUGCUCGGUGUCGACAUCACGUUCGGGCCCAUCUACGAUAUUGUUUGUAACAUCACGGGGCGCAUUUCGUACUCGUGUUGCAUUGGCAAAGGACGACAGUAUUCCGGUGGACAUUCGUUUAGGUCUGGACUGGUUAUUGUCCCUUUUGGAUACAGAUGCUGGUACUGUUCCCAGUGAAUUUGAAUGUCUCCAUACGGUGUAUCGAUUAUUCUUCCAGCCACAGUCACCGCAUUUCUUUUACCACCUCCCUUAUACGACAAUUCUAUACGAAUUAGCAGGACACGGCCUCCUACAGAAGACAUCUUGUAAGUCGGAGCACCUGUUCCUAGACUUACUCGUCGAGCAUUUUUUGGCGGGCAUGUGCAGGGUUCGACCGCCUGUCUUCUUUCUGGCAGCCUUGCAGUAUACCAGAGUUCUUUGUAUUAUGCCUCCUCUUGCUCUCAAACCCUUUUGGCAUUUUCUUACACUAUCAACGAUUUACAACAAGCAAGAACGUGAUAUCACAUAUAUGGCAGCCUUGUUCGAUGGGGCAUUUGAGACAUUACGAUGGGACGAGUUGUUGACUAUGAUGACUGCUCAUGGAAUGGCAUUGAGUACUAUUAAUUUGACCAUGGAGGAUAUCAAGGAGGCACUUUCGGAUCAUGUUUUCGGAGGAUUGUGUGCUGAUGCUCUUCGUUUGCCCGUUGCACAGAUACCAGUGGGAUGCUUGGAUUGUUUACAGGAAUUUGCUUUUUCAGAUCGCGUCAGGGGGUGCAACGUCCGGUGGUUGUCUUAG